AUGGUGAGGCUGGCAAAUGACAAAGUCUUUGUAGUUUUUGGUGUGUACCUGCCUCCUAGGUUUGGGGAAAGGCUGCAAAGCCUUUACAAACUAGAGGCCCUUGUUUCUAGAGUCGAAGGACCGGUUAUGUUAAUUGGUGAUUUCAAUGCCAUGCUCAACAGCCGAAAUAACUCGGGUUCUGCUCUGUUACCUGCUUCCUGCCUAUCUUUCAAUCGCUUUGUUUAUGCUUGCAGGUUAAAGGAGGUUGAAGAUAGUAACAAGAGCAUCACCGCGGGAGUUGAAGGGCUUGGACCCAUAUGGCGGGGUUGGUCAGCCUCGACUUGGCUCGUCGGCACUAUCCCGGCUUCCGUGGCUCGCCUGCGCAACCUGACCUACCUGUCCCUAAACCACAACGGGCUCACUGGGGCCAUACCAUCUGGACUCGGUAGGCGUCCCUUGAUUCACGACCUCGACCUCUGCUACAACCGGCUCAGCGGGCAGGUGCCGUUCUGGAAGGAGGUGGUGGAGUGGUUGGGCCCCAAGCUCAAGCUCGCUGGAAACGACGGCCUGUGUCUUGGCUCUGAGAUCGUCGGCACUGGCUUGGUUAGGGUGGACGUCGAUGGCUGCAUCUCUGACAACGUCGCCCAGUCGUUGGCCCGUGAUGGCUCAGCAGUGAGCUCGAGCGGGUCGAGUCUCAGAUUGGAUUCUUGGUACGGCGUGGCUCCGUCCCUGCUGCCUGCUAACCUCCUCACGUUAUGA